AUGGCGCUUACAUUACCACUUCAUGUAGUAGCUAGUGUACAACGUUGUUGUUCAAAUCGAGCUGGUACCUCAAGUCUUCCGGAUCAAAUUAUCGAACUUAUUGUUAACAGGUCAUCAUUAUUUGAUAUUAUCAAAUGGCAACAAAUAUCAAAAAGCUUUCAAAGAGCAGCUGAGAAACGACUUGAUAUGUAUACGAUGAUUGAUGUUAAAGUAUACAAUGGCUUACGACAAUUACGAAAUAAAGCUGGUGCAGAAUCAGAAUAUGAUUGGCAUCCAUCAUUAGCAUUAAUGAUAAUGGAACUGGAACCAAAUCAUCUUGGUAUAGCAAUUGAUUCUGAAUUAAAAACAAACAAUGUUACCAUUUUGCUGCAUUUACUAUUUACUUUGAGGCGUAAAGUGGAGCAAUUAUUCAUUGAUAGUCCAAUUAUUGAGCUACUUGUCGCACAGGUUUUACUUUAA